AUGAACAACCGGAAGGAAGAUAUGGAAAUCGCGUCCCAUUACCGGCACCUGCUCCGAGAGCUGGACGAGCAGCGGCGGCACGGCGUGCUGUGUGACGCGUGUGUGGUGGUGGAGGGGAAGGUCUUCAGGGCUCACAAGAACGUCCUGCUGGGGAGCAGCCGCUACUUUAAAACGCUCUACUGCCAGGUGCAGAAGACGUCCGACCAGGCCACAGUCACCCACCUGGACAUCGUCACCGCCCAGGGCUUCAAGGCCAUCAUUGACUUCAUGUACUCCGCCCACCUGGCCCUCACCAGCAGGAACGUUAUCGAGGUGAUGUCCGCUGCCAGCUUCCUGCAAAUGACAGACAUUGUGCAGGCUUGCCAUGACUUCAUCAAAGCCGCGCUGGACAUCAGCAUCAGGUCGGACGCCUCGGAGGAGCUCGCGGAGUUCGAAGCUGGCGCCCCGGCCAGUGGCAGCACAGAGGCGUUGAUCUCAGCCGUCAUGGCUGGGAGGAGCAUCUCCCCGUGGCUGGCUCGGCGAACCAGCCCAGCCAAUUCUUCUGGAGACUCGGCCAUCGCCAGCUGCCAUGAAGGAGGGAGCAGCCACGGGAAGGAGGACCAGGAACCCAAGGCUGACGGCCCCGAGGAAGUGGCUUUUCCAUCCCUCUGGCCUGGAGAUGUGGCCUAUGGGUCUCUGCACAUCAAGGAAGAGCAGACUUCUCCAUCUCAUUAUGGAGAGAGUGAGCUGCCUUCCGCCAAGGACAGUGCGAUUCAGAACUCUCUCUCAGAGCAGGGUUCCGGCCGGAGGAAGAAUCGGAAGAACAAGGACACCGUGCGGCACAUCACACCGCGGGUGGAGGCUGACAGCCGCCCCGGCUCCCCGGUGCCCUCCUUCCUCCCCUCAGCAGGAUGGCCCUUCAGCAGCCAGGACUCAAAUAUAGACCUGACUGUCACGGAGGGCCAUGGCGUGGACAGCCAAGGAGAGAGGACGGAGCUGUACGCACCGGUGGAUGAAGGCCUCCUGGGAGGAGACGCCGGCUGCCUGGGCCCUCCGCUCACCCCGGAGAAGGACGAGGUGUUGCGCCAGGCCACCGCAGUGGCCAACCUGCGUGCGGCACUCAUGAGCAAGAACAGCCUGCUGUCUCUGAAGGCAGACGUGCUGGGGGAUGACGGCUCCCUGCUGUUCGAGUACCUGCCCAAGGGUGCCCACGCCCUGUCCCUGAACGAGUUCGCAGUCAUCAGGAAGAAGUUCAAGUGCCCGUACUGCAGCUUCUCGGCCAUGCACCAGUGCAUCCUGAAGCGGCACAUGCGCUCCCACACCGGCGAGCGGCCCUACCCCUGCGAGAUCUGCGGGAAGAAGUUCACGCGCCGUGAGCACAUGAAGCGGCACACGCUGGUCCACAGUAAGGACAAGAAGUACGUGUGCAAGGUGUGCAGCCGCGUGUUCAUGUCCGCGGCCAGCGUGGGCAUCAAGCAUGGCUCCCGGCGCCACGGCGUGUGCACCGACUGUGCGGGCCGGGGCGUGGCCCCGCCGCUGGGGCGCAGCGCCGGCAGCCCUGCGGGCUCCCCCGAGGCCCUGUUUGCCGGCAGAGGGGUCUACCUGGAGGACCCCGAGGACCCGCGCGGGGAGGGCGAGGAGGAGCUGGACGAGGACACGGCCAAGUGGAAGGGCGACGGGGGCCUGGCUCAGGAGGACGGGGACUCGCCGCGGGGGCCCCGCAGCCCCUGCACAGAGCCCGGCCAGGACUUCGCCUGGGCUCCUUAGAGCCGCCUGCGAAGGGCGGCUGGCAGCUGCCUCGUCCCGUCCACCUAUGUGUGCGUCUCGUGGGUCUUUGCUCACCGGGGGGCCGGGUCAGGCCCUCUCCCGGGCCCCGCC